CCUCUUUCGAACGGUCGCCAGCGAGAGCGGCAUUCCUUCCACAUGGAAAAGUGCGGAUUGCGCGGAAAUGGGUGCGCGUCGCUAGCGCAGGCAGCGUGGCAGCAAGUCGGCGGCGGUCGGAGUGCCGCACCGAACUGACGCCGCCCGGCCAGGCUCACGACGACGACGACGCGCGAGUAAAUGACGCGGAGGAGAAAAGGCAGCUGAGUGAGCCCGCACACUGACACUGAGGCGCCCAGUGCGCGCCCGCCGCCCCGCGUCCUUCCUCGUCGUCGCCGCCCGCUCGCCGGCGGACCGCACUUCUGCCCCCGAGACGUCCGACGCCACCUUCCAAGAUUACGGACAUAACUCUCAACUCGCUGCCGACGCCGUUGGAUCUGCGAGCGACGCCGGUUCCCGACGCCAUGUCGGCCGACGUCCAGCUCCAACAGCAGCAACAACAGCAGCAGCAGCAACAGCAGCAGCAGCAGCAGCAACAACAGCAGCGGUCGGUCUUCAAGAUGGACCCGGACUUCUGGCAACAGGCGAGAGGGCCUCCGAUGCUGGGGCCUCCGCAGACGCAGGGCCCCGGCCCGCAGCAGCAGCAGCAGCAGCCGCAGCAACAGCAACAGCAGCAGCAGCAGCAGCAGCAACAACAACAGCAGCAGCAGCAGGCCGGCCAGCAGCCGCCCCAGCAGCCGCCGCAGCAGCAGAGGCCGCCGCAGUCGUCGCCGCAGCUGCAGCAGCAGCCCAACAGCUCCGGCGCGCCUUCCCCGCCGCCGGACGACAGCAAGAUGAUGACCGAGAAGCUGGUCAACGAGUUACAGUCUAGAUCGAAUUCCGCUAUAAACGACCGCACUCUUGAAGAAUGCUGGUCGACGCUUCAACGAAUCUUCAUGCACAAGUCGGCGAUGCAGAUGCAGGCUCGCGAGGCGGUGCACCGCUCAGAGGUGAAGCCGCACCAAUGCCAGCAGUGCCUCAAGUCGUUCUCGUCGAACCACCAGCUGGUGCAGCACAUACGUGUGCACACUGGAGAGAAGCCGUACAAGUGCUCCUACUGUGACCGCCGCUUCAAGCAGCUGAGCCACGUGCAGCAGCAUACGCGCCUCCACACAGGCGAGCGGCCUUACAAGUGCCACCUGCCAGAGUGCGGGCGCGCCUUCAUCCAGCUGUCGAACCUGCAGCAGCACCUCCGCAACCAUGACGCCCAGGUGGAGCGGGCCAAGAACCGACCCUUCCACUGCAACAUCUGCGGAAAGGGCUUCGCCACCGAGUCCAGCCUGCGCACCCACACAUCCAAGACUUUAUGUUCUCCACAGGAACUUCAGCUUCGUGUGCCUGUGUUGCAGCAACACGCGGCCCUCAUCGGCGGGCCUAACGCCACCUCAUGCCCAAUCUGCCACAAGCUGUUCCUCGGCGGAGAAGCUCUCAUGGAGCACAUGAAGCACACGCACAAAGACCCCAACGCGUCCGGAGUGGCAAAUCCGUACUUAGCGAAGCGGAGGACAGCGAACCACCCGUGCCCCGUGUGCGGCAAGCACUACGUGAACGAGGGCAGCCUCAGGAAACACCUCGCCUGCCACCCCGAAACGUCGCAGUUCACCACCUCGCUGCGCAUGUGGCCCUGCUCCGUCUGCCAGGCCGUCUUCACGCACGAGUCCGGGCUGCUGAGCCACAUGGAGCACAUGCGCAUGGACCCGAAGCACCAGUUCGCGGCGCAGUACGUGCUGAGCCGCGCGGCCGCCGAGCGCCGCGAGCGCGAGUCGCUGCUGGCGGCGGCUGCCGUCGCCGCGUCCUCCGGCGGCCUGGCCGGCCUGGGCGGCGUGGGCGUCGGCGUCGGCGUGCCCGGCGUGGGCGGCGGGGGCGGCGCCGGCGCCGCGGGCGGGCCCAGCUCCAUGUGCGCCAGCCCGUCGGCGCAGUCCGACUCCUCGUCCGGCGGCGGCCGACUCUCCUCCACCGGGUCCGAGCCCGGCACCGCCACAGGUCCUGGGCUGCUGAACAACAACAACAACAACAACGGGCCGGGAAAGCUGGGCGAGCUGCUGCGGCCCAACAACGGGCUACAUCAGAUGGCAGGCUACGGUGAAGACUUGCACAACGCGAGCCGCAUGGCUGCCAUGGCCGCCAUCGUGGGGCAGUCCGGCGUGGCCAGCCCUGCCGUCGGGCCGCAGCGGGCUCCUACCAGCGACGAGUGGCCGGUGUUGCAGGCGGUCGCGGUGCAGGCGGCGGCGGUCAACCUGGCCGCCGCGAUGCGCAUGGGCGCCACCGGGCUCGCCUCGCCAGUCUCCUCCGCCAACGGCGGCGGGGGCGGCGGCGGGGGCGGCGGGGGCGGCGCCGGCGGCGGAGGGCCUCCGGGCGCGGCGGGCACGCCGCCCGCAGACGUGCAGCACGCCGCCGCCAUGGCCAUGCGCGCCGCCUCCAUGGCCGACUCCAUGCGCUCCAUGGACGCCGCCAUGCGCCAGUCCAUGGGCGUCGACUCUCACCACCACCACCACCAUCCCGGCCACCAGCCGCACCACAACCACCAGCAGGCCUCGUCGCCGGAGGCGGCGGCGCUGCGCAUGCACCAGGCGGAGGCGCUGCUGCGCUCGCAGGCGGAGGCGGCGCUGCGGCUGGCCGUGAGCCAGGCGGCGGCGGCGGCCGCGUCGUCCAGCGGGGGCGGCAUGGGCGGCGGCGGCGGGGGCGGCGGCGGCGGGCCGGGCCCCGGCGGCCACGCGGCGCACAACGGGCCCGCCGCCGGCCUCAACCACCACGGCGGGGGCGGCGGGGGCGGCGGCGGCGGCCAGCACGGCGUGCACGGCCAGCAGCAGGAGCAGCUGUCGCCCGACCUCAGCGAGGCGCUGCGGCUGCAGGAGCAGCGGCUGGAGCAGGCCCUGCGGCUGCACGGCGGAGACCCACGCGCGCUAGGCUUCUCGCUCGUCAACGCGCAGGGCCCGGCCGGCGGCGCCAACCCCUAGGCCUCCAGCCCAGCCCCAGCCGGCGAGUAUCUCCUGUUCGUAAAGACUGCACACUUGCCCCUUCCUUUCCUCCUUUUCGUUGUACGUACUCGUUGUUUUGCUCUUCAGUUUCUGGAAGUAUACGUCGGCUGUGAUCGUAAUUUCGUAGCUAGGAUAGACAGCCUCACGUUUCCGCGAGCACCCGCCCUCUCUCCUAGAGUCGGCUCGACCUCGCGAAAGCGCGACCCAAUGUUUUCGCUUCCUCUGCGUUCGAGCGCAGCUUUCCUUUGUUUUCGAGUCUACCAGUACGAGUGGUUAUGUACAGCGUGAUACCGGAUAUUUUUCGUAGGAAUAGUCAGACGACCGUACGCGGCCACCUCCCGUUACGGUCGCCUGACCAGCUCAAUGUGAAUCUCUUGUACAAUAAUUGCUUACGAGUUGUUAUAACUCGCCAGGUUGCUGUAUUCGCCGGAUUUUUUUGUCCGUUUUGUACAAAAUCGUUACGAUCGUUAGGUGCGCAGAAUUUUAGUUUCGUCUCCACGCGAGACGCCGCUUCCGCGUGUAAUUAUUAACUGUAACUUUUUAUAAUCAGUGCCACACGAGUAGUUAUUUGCUAUAAAGACCAUUUGAAAUCCGUAUAUGCAGUUCGAUACCUUGCAUCGCGUCUCUACGGACAUAGUAGUGUAAAGUUUUGACACUGGGUUGCAUAUAAUAUUUAGUUGGUCGAUACACAUAAUCUCCCUCUAAAUAUGCUCAAAAUCUGUUCGAACAAAUCCCCUCUCUUCGGAUCGAUCGAUUUCUUUUCCACGCGUAAUAAAAUAAAGCUACUGCGUUCCCUACCUCAUUCGUAAACUGUAAUUUUCGUUAUCGUGGAAAUUCGUAUCAGCCCUAUUACGUGUAAGUCAUCUUUCGUUCGCGGCACAUCGUCCGGAAACAACUGUCGACAGUAAAAAUUUGUUUCCUUCGACACGUACGUUAUAGGUCGAGUUGCACACUUCCCGUUAAUUUAGUUGUCCGAGUGAAUAGAUUCCCGGUACCCGUUGCUCGAGUCGUGUUCUGCCGUGACGGAGGAGUAGGUACCGCGACAGCUAUUUUAUUACGUGCUGGAACAUAUUCAAAAAUACCUGUAAAAAUUUUCGGCCUGUACUAAAUUUCAAUAUAAUGGUACCGAUAGUAGUUUUUGAGAAAAUGUGACCGAGGCUAACUGAACAAUUGGAAGAAGCAAUACUGUGAAGCGGUUUUGUUAAUUAGGUAGUAGUUUCUUUUCAAAUUUGUUUAAGUUUCGUAUCAGAUACAGUCUGAACUGGAGUUAAUUUAGUAUAACUAUUCUUUACACCGACCAAAGAUAAUAUUAAUUCUUUGUUAGUUUGUAUAUAGUUUAAUGAGAAGACUAUAAUCAAAUUUAUCUUCUAAUGUAGAUUUGCAAAAUUGUUUUAAGCUGACAAGUUGACACAUAAUUGUUUGUUUCACCUAUAAAUAUUGAAUCUCUGUUUCUGCUUAUUUAAUUAUAUGUACAGUUUUAUAAAUUUUAUUGGAACAUGUAAGCUGUUACAGCUAGUCACUGCAAUAUUUCCCAAACUGUAGUUUGUGCGGCAGCUCUCCGAGUAAUAUGUAGUGGUUUGCAUAUUUGAAGCUGAUUCGGGUUUCUUGUAGGUCAACUGUUCUAGAAUAACGGAAAAAAUACUACCGGUAUCCUUAUAUUCUUGCUUAAAACUCAAAACAUUUGAGGGCCCUGAGCGAAAUGCUAUGUAUUCUAGUAAAAAUAUUCAAAUUACAUUCUUUAAAUAAAAUGCAACACAAAUACAUUCUGAGUCACACACUCAUGUUAUGUAUUAUAUAUGAUAAUCGUUAUACAAAACAGUAUAAUUUACAAUAGCCCAAAUACGUUUGAGUCUGACACUCAGGCGUACCAUACUACAAAUAAGGAAAUACAGUUUUACAAUAAUUUACAAUAGCCCAAAUACAUUCCGAGUCUGACACUCGAAUGUAUCCAUUUACUGCUGACAUUUUACAGUAUUUUAUUCUGCAAUAGCCCGAAUACAUAAUCGAGUCUGACACUCGAUAUGUACCACAUACACUAAACAACUCUCUUUGUAAAAGUAAUAGUUACAAAAUAUAUAAUACAGAGUGUAAAUACUCUAAAUGUAUAUGUAUGAUACUUAACAGAUUGAUAUGACAUAAUGUACAAUAGCCCAACUGCACAAGAUGUUGCUACACUCUUGUGCAGAUCCACAAUACACAUACCUGAAUAGCAUUCAAAUACAUAAGAAGUCUGCUACUUUAUGUAUCACAGCAUGUAACACAUUAACUGUAUAUUUGUUGAUGUAUGGCUACAUAUACAGUCUGAAUUACAAUAGCCCAAUACACGAUUGAGUUCUACAUUCUUCGUGUACCCAUACUCACAUAAGCAGGCUGUCCAUAAUAAAUGUCACUUAAAGUAGCAACAAAUAUGAAAGGUCAGGAAGUUGUCAACAUGCAUGUCAAGGAUUGAAGCUGGCAUAGUUAUGGAUAACUUGUAUUUCAAAUAUCACAAUUUGCAAUAGCCCAGAUGCACACUGAGUUUAACACUCAAUGUGCAAUACAUAAUUUUUAUUAAACACGCAUUUUAUGUGAACCUACUAAAAUGUUGUGUUCCACAAAACUGCAAUAGUCCACACUGCAACACAAGUUCAACUUGUUUUACAUGUGGAAACUUCUCUCAAAAAAAAUAAUUACUUAUUAGCAGUGCAUAUAUAUACAUACAUUUACUCCAAUAUGUAUGUGUCUGUAUGUAUACAUAAUUAAAAUGCAAUAGCAUUGAAAUACAUAGAGUUGGAAACUUUUUAUGUAAUCAAUAGCCAAACACACGCAUUAAAGUGUUGAUUUCACUGGCAAAUGUGUGUAACACAUAAAUAUCACAAUUUGCAAUAGAAACUUUAAAAGUUAUCUACAGUGUACUGUAUUUGAAUAUUUUAAAAUAAUUUGUGUACAUUUUGAAAAUUUUACCAUGUUGGAACCUAGUUUUUGGUGCUUAAAGGAACACACAUUUCUUUAAAGUGAAUACAUAGUAAAGAUUUCACUGUUCAGCAAUUAAGCAUUAAGAACAUAAAUUUGAAAUUGUAUGUUAUUGGCCCAAUAUGAAAGCAUAUAUCCUGUCAAAGCUGGCCUACAUGUGUAUCGAAAUUGGUAAUAUGUGAAAGAAAAUAAAUUAUCUAUUAAGUUUUAAGUCAUGUAUUAGUUAUAUGGUUUAAGUUUUUCACUUGUUGUUGGUUUUCUGUUUAAUACUGUGAAAUUCUUUAUUUAUCUAUACCCAGUUUACACUGAGUAAUGUAAAGUGUCCAUUUUUAAACUUGCAGGAGUAACAAAAUAUUCAAAAAUAAAAAACAUAAAAAUGUAGUUCUGUAAGAUUUAUGUUUCUGGACCAUGUACUAUGAAAGAAUGAAGCUGUAGAGAUGGAAAAGAAUACAGAAGAGGCAAGAGAGUUGGGUUGUUAUGGUUUAUAAACCUCUCUGAGCCAGUUUGUAAUGCCAUUUAUGUUACAGGCGUUUCACAAGAUAUGCUGAUUGCCUAUGAAAGCACUGAAGUAUCACAAUUAAUCUAAUUUUACACAUCAUUUUUUAAAAUUUUAUUAUCUACAGUCCUAGUGCUUUCAGCUAAACUGUAGGUUGUUAUAAAUACUCAUUUGACACCUUUCAGAAAAUAAAAAUGUUAAAUGUUAUAUAUGCCUUCAAUUGUGUACUGCUCUCAGACGUGAUUUAAUCAUUCCUGUACCCAGAGCAGAUGCUUGAUCAAGAAUUACUGAUCUGUGGCAGAUUAUGGCCCCAUCUCUCAUGUUUCAUUCAAUCAUUGCAUGAUUUCAACAGGAUUGUGAGGUUAUGACCCACAUAACAAGCUCUUUGUUUAAACAUUUAUAAUAUGUAUUACACUGAAAUGUGGAAAAACUGAGAGGACUAACGAGUUCAGUUCUAUUAAGUAUUUUGCUCUUGAGAGCCAAUUAAUCACUUAUUAUAACUGAAUAAAUUAAAAAGUUCUACCAUCCCAUCUAUAUAACUCAUAGGUAUUUGUGUCUAUUUUGGUUCUUCGUUAAAGUAAUAUACUUUCUGAAAUUUGAUUAGUGACACUCAGAGAAAUGAUUUUGCUGAAUACAAAUUUUUGUACAGUCCUUCAAACACGAGCAAAAUUAAUUUUAAAAUAUCUCCUAUCUAACGGUUUUCUUUCAUCAGACUUCAUUCACAUCCACAUUUGUGGACAUGCAGAUGACCACUAAAGCAAACCACAUUUUACUUGUAAAUUACACCAAAGAAAACUGGAUAAACCAUAUGGAUGUUUUUACAGUGUUCCAUUGGAGUGUGCCUUUAGGUGCACUUAGAGAUAAGAAUAUUUCUCUUACAGUUUUAAUAUGUAUUUAAGUUUACUUGUUAACUGUCCACAGAAUUGCAUAACACAGGUGACAAAAUAGUUAGGCUAUAUGUACACAUAAUAUACAGCUAUUUCAAUAUUGCUAUUAACAUAUAAAUAGGAUAGAUUUUAAUGCAUGUUAUAUCAAAGUAGGCACAUACAUAUGUAGUACAGAGUUAAAGUGUUUAACGUUUUCUUUUCAUGUAUUAAGCAUAGUCAUUAUCUCUAUUUCAGUUAUUAAUUUGCCACAUUAAUUCAGAAUUUUGUAUCAGUUGUUGCAGUUAGUAUGCCUCAAUGCUUCUGAUCAAAGACAGUAUGAGAGGUAAAAUGAAACAAUAUUGCUCUAUUGAGACAUAGUUUCUUAUCACUAGUGAGUUAAACACAACAAUAAAUUGUCGCAGUAUGUAACACCAUUAAAGCUCUGAAAUGAUCUGCAACUUAUUAACUGAACAAUCAGGUAUGGUAAAGUGCACUGUACAGAAUCGAAUGUAUACACUACAUAGCAAGAGCUCCUUUGUCUAUAUUUUAUGAAAGGGCUGUACCUGACAGUAUAUUGAUGCAUUUACAAUAAAAUUACGAAUUAUCUGACAGUGGAUGUCAAGAUUCCUCUUAUAAAAUGAGAAUAAAACGAAUAUAAUUAUCCCUUUUGCGUGUUAAUUCUGCAACAGCUUCAGUUCCUCCCUUUGAUACACACUAUUUUAACCAGUAGUUUUGACUGAACAUUCCUAAAUACAAAAUGAGCAUGCAGUAUUCAGUACCCUGCCAUGCAAAAGAAACAUGCUGUUUGCUAUGCUGCAUCAUUUGAAAUUAAAUUGACUGCUGCUUUUCUGUUGAGACUACAAAUUGACACUUGUGAUUCUGAAGACCUUUAUUAAAAAAAUCAUAAAGUACAUACCUUCUUCCUUUGCUCCAAAGUACUUCCUUGGCCAUCUUGCAAGAACCAUUUUUAGCAGUUUAUAAUGAUGGAUAAAUAUAGUUUUCUGUGUACACAAUACUCUGUGGCAAAUUAUAAGAGAAAUAAAGAUGGAUUAUGUAAAUAUACAGAUUUGCAAGGAAAAUGUGGGGCCCAAAUUGAAUUGUAUAAUUGGUACAAAUGUCCUUUGGACCUAGUCCUCUCAGUAUUUCCUGAUUAUUUACCAGAAUUAUUACUGUAAUACCCAUGUUACUAAUCAAAUAAUAUUUUGCUUCCAACAUUUUUAACAUGCCAUACCAUAAUUAUAGUUUACAGAAUGUUGUAGUCAAUAGUUUUAACUAAUACAGUUCAUCAUUACACAUUAUACAGUUGAUAAUUUUCUGGAGAAAUGAUUAACAGUAACUGUAUGCCGUUAGUUAAUUGUUCAACGUUAUAGACACAUCACACUUAACAAUGCCAGAUAGUUAUAUUCACUGUAUGAUGUUCAGUUACUACUAUUACUGUUCAUGGUUAUCACUAUUAUUACUUUUAUUAUUACUAUUACUACUACUACAAUUAACUUUAUUAUUGUCACUAUUAUAUUUGUUAUUAUUACCAUCAACAUCAUUAUUAAUGCUUAAAACAUAAGGUUGUAAUUACUGAUGUAUUUUAUCAUGAAAUCAUUGUGUUCUGCCUAUAAUAGCAAAACUGAAAGGAAUGGUCGUUUGAUUCUUGGUAUGAUUUCAUAACAUAAGAUCCAUCAAUGCUGCACUCCACUCCAAAGCCACUUCAUUCACUAUGAAGCAGUUCCGGGAAAACACAUUAUGUUUCUUUUGUAAAUUAAACAAAAAAAAUUAAAAUUCAGAAUAUUGAUAAUGCUACGGUAUGUAAAAAAAUUUACGUGAAAAAUAGUUAUCUAACAUGUACUAUAGUGUGGAUGUAGUGUUUUAUAAUUAUGUCAUUAGAAAUAGUAAGGGGGAAGAAACUAUAUUUUGUGCCUCAUGAUGAAAUUAUAAAAAAAGCUGUUGGAUCCAUAUGACAAUGCUUUGCUAACUGCUUGUUCAUGGUAAAUUUAAUAAAAAGAUAUGUUCCUUUAUAAAGAACUUUGCACUAUUAUACUAUAAUAGUGAUUUAUAUUUUAAAAAUAGCAGUCAUACCAGUAUCAUACACUUUAACACUGUAUCAGAUUUAAUUUGUAUAAAUGUUCUAGCAUAGAAAAUGCUUGAAAAUUCGAUAUACAGAAUUAUUUAAAUUAUAUUGUAUAUACAUUCAUCUGAUAUCGGAAGUAUAUGAUAACAAAAAUAAAUAUUUUGUAAUCAAAAAGCAAAACUCAUACAUGUUGCUAAAAGUCUAUAAAAGUGACUUUUGUUACAUUAAAACACUUCAAUAUUUAUUUUUACAUCUUAAUUUUCUCCAACAUUUUCUUGAAAAUAGCCUAAAUGUAUGCAGUUGCUGAAAUUACCUCAAAGUCUGUAUUUGUAUGGAAUUAUAUGAGUUAGGGUGCAAAAAAUUACAGAAAUUUAAUAAACUGCAACUUUGUAUUCACCAGUUUUCAUGCAAAAUUUAUUGGUUUAUGUAUAGUACAUGCGAUUUUGUAAUUUGGGAAUAACUGAAUUUAUAGAACAUGGACUCUGACAGAAACACUGAGGAUCAACAGAAUUUUAUUUUGUUAUAUCAUGCCAUUACAAUCAUUCCUAGAAUUCAUAACGAUCCAUGAAACACUUGUUUGGCUACUUCUACUUUAAGUUCCUAUUAGUGUAAAAAUUAUUACAAUUGUGAUAAUUGCAAUAUAUGACACUAUUAUUAUGACAUUAUUAUUACAGUUAUUCAGUAACUAAUUAUUUUCAUCACUGUAAUAUUGAUGAUGCCUUUUACAAAUUAGAUAUUUUUGUUUUAGCUUAUAAGAGUGUGAGCAUGUAUGUCUGUAUGUGUGAGUUUGAUGUUGUGCACAAAAACAUGAAUGUUGCUGAGAGUGUCUUUUUAUUUCUCUCUCGCUAAACAACUACCUAAACACAGUUUUAUGCAUGUUUAAAUGGUCUCACUGAAUUUGUUUGUAAUCUCUGCAGCAAUCAAUACUGUGUGUUUAUAUUUAUUUAACAAAUGUGGAUAAGUUAUCAUAAGGAAGAUUGGAUAUGGGCUGACAAAUGAGAAAGCAUUUACCUCAAAGACAAUCGUUUUGUGGUUGUAGAGAAACUGAUUUUGUAGCUAAAUCCCAAACUUAAUAGCUGUGGAGUGUUUUGUAUUCAAAACAAGUGUGCUGAAAAAUGUAAUUCCUAAUUCUUGAAUGUGCUACAACAUCUAUAAAAUUAUUAGCCGAUAACUGAAAUCUACUUCUGUGAAACUUAUAAAUCUGUAUGUAUCCUCUCUUAUUGAAAUUAUACAUGCAGUCAUUAAAACAUAAAUAUAAAAUUACCACAAUUCAUAUCACAGAUUUUACACCACUUCUUUCACUGCAGUUUUAACAAAAACGUAGCUUCCAAUAAUUCAUAACAUUUAAAGAAACAAGAAGCAUGAGAAUACUUAAUGCUAACAGCUUGAUACAGUACACUGCUAUAUUGGACAACAAAUAAAUAAUUGAUCACUGUUUUAUCUGUCUUCAUUCAGAGAGUUAUGACAUUACCCAUUUUUUUCUUUGCAAUUUUAUGAAGAUUCUGUGUACUGAAAUUUGAGCCUACAUUCACUAUUUGAUAUUCAUUUAAAGAUCUCAUUAUUUAUUAUAAAAAUACAAUUUUGUCUAGCAUUUGCUCAUUUAUUAGCCUUAACCUUCAGACUGCAAAACACUCCACUAACACUGCCAUAUAAAGUUAAGUCAAAGUUCGAGUUUGAAGGAAAUUUGAGAUCUUCAUGAUGUUUUCCAGAGUAACAUUGAAGUUGUGGAAUUUGAGCAAAUACUUUUUCUCAAGUCCAUGAAGUAUAAAAAAUUGGUAAUUGUUACUAGACUGAAAGCCAUGUUCACAGGUUCCUAAAAUAUCCCUCAUUGUAAAAGUAUGGAAUGAAAAUGUUGGAAUUGCUUAUAAUUCUGUUAAAGUAUGCAUUUUGUCACUUGCCAACGCAUUUAUUUUCAGCUCUGUAAGUGUGCAUUUUGUGGAGAGACAUAUUUACUUUCCCACCACUGUGACUGCAUUCUGCAUUGCUGUUUAUUUUACCAUAGAAAUAACUUCAGAAUAUCUGUGUAAUUUGUUUUAGUAACUGUCUCAAAAUGUUUCAUUUCAAACCUGCAGUUGGUAGAGUUUGCAUAUAAAAUUCUUGACAUUAAAGUAAUAGAUAUGUUUUAUCCUGUGCUGUUGUGUGUGUGUGUCUUUAAAUGUAAUAAAGUUUAAUAGAAACUUUGAAAUCGUAUAAUGAUGCAAAGAAAACAU